AUGCUUAGGGAAUGGCGCGACGAUUUCACUUUGGCUUCAAGAUAUGCACGUUUGUGGUUACCUUCAAAAUCGAGUAUUCAAGGAGGCCUCAAUGUUUCCGAUAAGGGAACUCUUCUUGGAUACGCUUCGGACCGACGGUGUACAAGAUAUAAAGUAUAUAUCGACGGGAAGGAAGUGGGAAUAACAAAAGCUUGUCCAUUUUCAAUGAAUUGCUUGGGUGAUAUCAGUGAGCGGAGUGCUUAUAUCACACUACGCAAAGGACGUUAUGAUGUGGUGAUCGGGUAUAAUAUGACGGAAGUGCCGUGUCACCCUUUUGGUGAUCAAAACAUAGUGAUAAGGCUAUAUAAGCAGUGCGAGAAAGAAAAGAACCAAGCUGUGGAGAGUCGGCACCAAGUCAGUAUCAUGUAA